AAAUAACUACUACAUUUAUUCAAAAUUAGUUGUCCAUCUGAGUUUGUUUAAUUGAACAGUGUAAGUGUAAUUGUAUUUCCUUCGCUAAUACAUAGUUCCCUUAAUUAGAUUUUACAAUUUUGUCCAAGUUGAGCAAGUUGAAGUACCUAUAUUUGAAGGAAAACAAUUUCAGUAACGAUAUUAUGAGGAUUUUGGGCACAUUUCCGUCCCUUAAAUUACUUGACAUUUCAAGGAACUCGUUAGAAGGACUCCUUUCCAAUAAAGAAUGGGGUAACUUGAGCAAUGUGGAGGUGCUUAUUUUGAGUCAGAAUAGUCUCAGUGGAAACUUGCCAAUUCAAGGUUUGACAAGACUGAAGAUAUUAGAUUUGAGCUGGAAUCAAUUCAGCGGGGGCAUUCCCGCAUCUGUUGCGACACUUCAUUCUCUACAAGCAUUGUCUUUAUCUUCUAAUUAUCAACUUAAUGGCUCCCUACCACAUCCAGGUAUGUAAUGUAAGAUAUUGAUUUAAUUUUAAUUUUCCCCUUCACAAACAUGCAAUCAUGGUUGUUAAAAUCGAGUUUUAAAUCAUAAAAUCUUAUGAUUUUACAAUUUUAGGUAUGUAAUUCUAGUAAAAUCUAUGUUAAAAUCGAAAUUUCAUAAAAUUGGAGGAUAAAAUCAUAAAAUUGUGAUUUUAUGCUAAAAUCGUUUGAAAUUUCGAUUUUACUUUUAUGGAGAGUGAAGAAGAGGCUUCCAGAAAUCCAAACAUAAAUUUGAUCUCUGAUCUAGAGUGUGACCAAUCAAGAAAUUGCAUAUGAAACUAGAAGAAACACAAGGCAGAAACCAUUUGUAUACCAACAUAGAUUUUUACAAAAAAAAAAAAAAAAUCUGUAUACCAACAUGCAACAUAGAUGCAAAGAAACUGGAAACUGGUACCGGAAUAUAUUCUUAAGAAAGAAAUUUGAGGCAAGCUUGAGACGGAAAUUUUCGAGAAGGAUCGGUGGCUGUGGUGGUAGACAGUGGACUUCAUGUCCACCAACGAUGAUAAUUCAAAGGAUUCGAGGGAUUUGGGUGUCCUCUGUGAUGAUUUUCACUGCUCAAGCAAAGAAGGAUAAAACCUGUUGCCAAAAAAAAGGACUAGAUAAGAAGAAAAGGAGUUUGAAUGGAGGAAAAAUGGUAGAGAAGAGGGAAAAUUACAGCAGAGAAACCAAGGAAGGUGAAGGGAUGGAGGGGUAUUCAUUUUAAUGGAGAUUAUGUUGGCACGUGGAUUGGGGGUUUUCUUUAUAUAUAUUUUGUUAAUUUUUAGAUAAAAUAAGUAAAUGUGGUUUAAUUUAAAGGUUAAAACUUCAUUUUGAUCCCUGAAUUAUUGUAUCAACCCUUGAUUUGGUUUAUAAACUCAAAAAAUUCCU